UUUUAAAAACGAACUGCAAUCCAAAUCUUCACAAAGAAACUCUGAAAGCCAAAGGGAGGGCGAGAGUAGUGGAAAUAGAAAGGAAAAAUGAGCUUAAAACAUCACCAUAACUCCAACUCCGCAGCAGCUGCUCAAUCUCUCUCUUUUGAUGACAUUGCCGACUUCUUCUCUCUUCCCCUUGACGACGCCGCUUCCACUCUUGGCGUUUGCACCUCUGUUCUCAAGAAAAUCUGCCGUGAAAAUGGUCUCGACAGAUGGCCUCACCGCAAGUUUUUAGCUGGAAAGAGCGUCGAAGAAAUCAAGAGGCAUGCAGCUAGAGAAAGAAGAAGGGAAAUCGCUGAGCUUUCAAAGGCUCAUCGGCAGAGCUCUCAACCUCAACCACAAAACAAUGAACAACCCAAAUUACAAGGUGGCUCAGCAUUACCGAACUUACAGCAGCAAGGGAUAAGAAACAUACAAACAGCGCAGGCCCUGAAUUUUAGCCAUCAAAGCUUGAUGACGGGAGCGGCAAUGUCAGAUGAAUUUAAGUUUGGAUUCCCAUCCGAUGGCUUAUCGUUCACUACAAACAAAUGGUGGGGCAGUAGCAAGUCUGACUGUAAUGAAGUCGGUGAUGCUGAUGGAGCUGAAACUGAGGGAGAAGACAAGCAUCAAACUAUUGAAGAGCCUGAUUACAUGGCUAAUGACAAACCCGACCAAAAUGGAAAAAUAGAGGAUGGCAUUAGCCCUCAAGGGUCAUCUCUGCUAGCAGCUAUUAGAAAAAGGUCAAUGGAAGAAGGACGAGAAGCACUUGAACUUGGUGUCUACAAGGGCCGUGGAAUGAAAAGGCUAGGUAGCAGAAAGGCAUCUCUGCUGCUUCGAAUAUUCAAAUCUUCAUUACCUGAUGUUUGGAUCCAUGACCCUUCCUAAUUUUAUCAAGACCAAGAAGAUCCAGAUAUAAACAACUACAGUGAAAGGUAAGACUGAAAAGCCGGAUACCAACUUAAUCAGCUUUUAUUUAUGUCCUUUUAAAAUUACUGGCUAACAUCAUCUGCUUUUCUUUUUGGUUGAACAAUGGUGCAUUAACUGUUAGAGGUUUUAUUUUAGACACAAACUAAGCAAGUGAUGGGUUCAAUGCUUUAGGUUUACCUA